AACUAAAUAAAAAGACCCCAAAUUCUUCACUCUCGCUUCCCUCAAUUAUUUGUCGUCAGUAUAUAUCAACUUCGACGCUCUCUCUCUCUCUUCCCCUCUCUCCCUAGCUUGGAUCCCGAUCUCUCUGGGAUCGAGACGAGCAGCUCCUCCCCUGCGAUCUCAAUCAAUUAAGGUUUUCAGACGAAAUCGAGUAAGAAUUCGUCCCUUCUGUUUGUUUUCAGAAGUUGGAUUUGGUUUGGAACGGAGUCAACAGGGUCGGUGGAAUCGGGAAGAGAAGCUAGGGCGAGGUGAAAAGAUGGGGGAUUCGAGCUUGGUGAAUCUGGAAUCCUUGGCGGAGGCGGCUUCGGGGGCCGCGGGGGCCCUCGUCAGCACCACCGUGCUGUAUCCGCUCGACACCUGUAAAACCAAGUACCAGGCCGAAGUCAGAUCCAGCGAUCGCCAAAAAUACAGGAAUAUUUCAGAUGUGCUGUGGGAAGCAAUUUCUACUCGUCAAGUUCUUUCACUCUACCAGGGGCUUGGAACAAAAAAUUUGCAAUCAUUCAUAUCACAAUUUAUUUACUUCUAUGGUUAUAGCUAUUUCAAAAGGCUGUACCUGAAAAAGAGUGGAGUCAAAUCGAUCGGAACAAAAGCAAACUUGGUCCUUGCUGCUGCUGCUGGUGCUUGCACUUCUAUCAUCAUACAGCCAUUGGAUACUGCAUCAUCCAGGAUGCAAACAAGUGCCUUUGGGAAAUCCAAGGGGUUAUGGGAAACUCUUUCAGAGGGUUCAUGGACUGAGGCAUUUGAUGGGCUAGGCAUCUCUCUUCUCUUAACUUCGAAUCCCGCUAUUCAGUAUACGGUCUUUGAUCAGUUGAAACAAAGGCUUCUGAACAGACAGAACAACUCAAACGAGUUGGGAUCUAAAGGAUCUUCAGUAGCUCUCUCGGCCUUCUCAGCUUUUGCAUUAGGUGCUGUAUCAAAAAGUGUGGCGACUGUAUUAACCUACCCAGCAAUCAGGUGUAAGGUCAUGAUCCAAGCUGCCGAUCACGACGAAGAGUCCAAAGAGUCAAAGAAUGCGAAGCCAAAACCCCCCAAGACAGUUCUGGGUGCUGUGUCUGCUAUAUGGGGUAAAGAAGGCAUACCAGGCUUCUUCAAAGGUUUACAGGCUCAAAUCUUGAAGACCGUUCUUAGUUCUGCCUUGUUAUUGAUGAUAAAGGAGAAGAUUUCGAAGUUCACUUGGAUAGCGAUACUUGCGCUUCGAAGGUAUUUGCUGGUUUCCCCGAGAAGGGUGAAGUCUGCAUAGAGAGAGAGAAAAAGAAAAGAAGUCCCCCGCUUUAAUAAAAUCAUCAAGAGGGAAGAAGGUUAUAGUUUUGUAGUUAGAUAAAUAAAACAGUGAGGGGAUAUGGAGGAAGCAGAAAUUGCCAUGAACUUCCAAAUAUCAGAACAUUUUUAUAUCUUCUUUGCUUACAAGCCAUCAACAUCUGGGUAAGUGAUUGUAUCUGCUUUGUACUGUCUCCCAUCCAUGGACAUAAGUUUCCAGAAAUAAGGAAGCAAUGGCGAUUACAUUCGCAAACUCAUUUCAUGUCUUGCUCUUCCUUUCUAUUUCACCUCAGACGGGGGGAAAAGAGCAGUCGAUAUCUCUCUGUCUAAUGAGUCAUAAUCUCGAGCAGCUGGUAUUUCUCUGUCUAAUAAGUCGUAAUCUUGCGCAAAUGAGAUUUUGAUUUGUAGAUC